AUGACGGACCAACAACAAGACACCCCCACAGCCCUCACUCCUAUUGCUCUUACGCCCACUGCCACUACCACUUCUCUCGCUGCUGCUUCUGUUUCUCCUUCUGCAGCCCCCGCUCGAGCUGAUUCGGCAUCCGCUGGAGCUCCAUCUUCCCCCGCGCCGCAGGCUGAACUCAUCCCCGCAGAGGACCCUGGAGAUGACCUCGAUCAAGAUGAAGAUGAUAAUUUCGACGUCGAUUCAGCUCUCGGGUCAGAUGCAGACUUUGCAGACGCUUAUCCCAGCGCCCAGGUUAUCGGCUCAGACCUCUCACCCUGCCAGCCAGAAUGGGUCCCUCCAAACGUGCACUUCGAGGUCGCAGAUGCUACUCUCCAAUGGCCGUGGAAGGAUGACUACUUCGAUUUCGUUCAUGUACGCUAUCUGUUCGGCGCCAUCCACGACUGGCCGGCGCUCUUCUGUGAAGCGUAUCGCUGCUGUGCUCCAGGCGGCUGGGUCCAAUCAUGCGAAGCCGACGUUCGUUUCCACUGCGACGACGGGACUACCGACAGUGAGCCUGCUCUCAAAACGUGGGGAGACCUCUUUGAGCAGAGUGGCAUCGAGACAGGAAGGCCGUUCUUUCUGCAAAGAGAGACGAUACAGGAGCGCAGUAUCGCGGAGGCCGGCUUCACCGACAUCAGAACAUUUGACUAUAAAGUACCUGUAGGCGGAUGGCCAAACAAUCGCAGGCUCGCUGAGACAGGCGAGUAUGUCAGACUGACUUUGGAGAACGAUCUUGAAGGAUACACGUUUUAUCUUUGGCAUCAUGUGCUCAACUGGCCCCGAGAAGAGUACGCGCAGUUCCUUGUUUCGAUGCGCAAGGCGCUGUUCAACCGCCGAGUGCAUGGUUAUAUGAUGGUGCGGUACGUAUACGGGCGGAAACCAUAG